UUCAGACCCUCUCCACCCUUUUGUUGUCUUGUUUUUAAACAAAAUGAGUAAGACUUUUGAUGGCAUAAGCGUUUUGGUUUGGGAGUGUAUACCUGCACAUGGGUGGUGUUUUGUUGUUGUUCUAGUAUUUACCUUACUAUCUCAUUCAUUCUAAAUUGAACUCCAUUUUAUACCUAGAUAGUAUUUUAUUAUGCUAAUGGAUACAGUGGAAAAACAAACCUGUAGUCUCACAACCAGUGUCCUUGAGUAGAGUUCUAAGACACAUAUUUUUGAUCCUAGAAUCACACAUUAUCAAUGAAUCACUUUGUAAACUACAGUGUUUAAUUAUGGUUCCUAGUCCAUACAAUCAUACAAAUAUAUUUUUUAGCAUAUUCUCUUUCCUAGCAUUAUAGUACAGGUACAGAAUUGUAUAGCUAACUUGUUGUAGAUGCUGAAUUAAGAAAAAGAAAAGCUUGUAGGUUGGUCUUUCUCAUAAAAACUUGAAAAUGUAAGCUAACCAAGAAAAAUCACAAGCCACAUAAUUUACUCUUAAGUUCACUCUAUUUCUCUAAUGAAGAAAGAAAUUGGUGUAUGUUUAACAAAGUUACUUAUAUUACCUUGGGAAUUAAAGUGGGAUUUCAUGAAAAUUACAAAUUUGAUAUAUCAUCCAAAACAUUUAACUACCUCAUAAGACACACACACCCCCAAAAAAAAAGAACAGGAAAAAUUCUGUUUUUUAUAAACCACAAAUGGUUUUUAUAGUUAACUGUUAAAGUGUAUCAUUUUUAACCUUGAGUACAAAGCAUGCAUGUUUGACUAGUGCUUGAGGUAGCUAUAUAUACUUCCUCCAUUUAAAAGUGAUCUUUCAUGGUUAGUGACUUUUUCUUUGUUAUAAGUUUUAACAAAAGAACGUGUGUGUGUGUAUGUGUAUGUGUGUCCUCCCCAGUCUUCUCUGCUGCUGUGACUAUAGAUUAUUGAAUUAGAUACAUUCUCUAGAUGGAAACAUACUAGGGCAACAGAAUUUUUCCUGUUCUUUUUGGGAGGGCUGUGAGGUAGGGGGUAGAUUUGAUAUCUGUAAAACCCUCUCCUUCCACUCCAGACAGUUGCUAUGUUGCUACUUUGCUGCAUAAUUGGCUGUUGUCAUUUUGCAGGGACCUUUCACUCUACUCUUCCUUCCCUCCCCACCAGGAAAGAAUGCCAUACUUAAGUCACAGUGCCUCCAGGACCUCUGGUGCCCUGACACUCUUCCUUAGCACAGCCCUGCCAGACCCAAUCCCUUUUGUAAAACUAUGUUGAUGAUCAUGAGGGUGGGGCAGCAGGGAUUACAGGUGCCAAGAGUGAAAAGUAGGAGGGGAAGGAGUCUCAGAACUGCUAGAGAGGCAGGGCUCAGGGGUCACCUAGGUGAGCAGUGAUUAAGAGUGGACAUGGGGUGGGAAGCAACUGGCAAAUACUAGGUAGAAGGGGAAAAUUUUUUCGUGUCUUAAGAACCUAGUUAAAAAUUGCUUUCCUAGCCAGGUGUAGAGGUGCACAUCUUUAAUUCCAGCAUUUGGGAGGCAGAGAUAAGCCCAUCUCUGAGAUCAAGGCCAGCCUGGUCUAGGUAGCAAUUCCAGGCCAGCUGGGGCUACAGGGAGACCAUGUCUCAAUAAAACAAAAACCAAUAACAAAGUUGCUUUCCUGUUGGGAACUAGUGUGGAAGCAUCCUGCUCCCCCCCCCCACCCCCGGAAAGAGUACAAGUGUUAUCUCCAGUUGGAGCCUCUAAAUUUUGAAACAAAUACAAUAGCGCUUCCAAUAUCUACAGUACCCUGAGGAUGUUUCUAGGUAUACUUUAUUGGUAUAUAAUAACACAGUAAAGAACUGAGCGGUUUAUGCUCUGAGUUUUGGGUGGGGGUUGUUCAUUUCUUUCUGAUGGAAGUAUUUAAGCCAGCCUUUAUAAUGACUUAGGAUUAAGUCUGGCAGGCAACUCUUUGUAUUUUGUAUUAGACUUCAAAAAUCUUUUCUUCUUCUUUUUGUUUUGUUUUGUUUUGUUUUUUAAUCCAGGAGAAUGCUUUAUUUCAACUUUUAGCUGACUAGAUGCUUAACUUAGUAACAAGUUUAGCACUUGUAACUGGCUAGCUAAAAGCAAAUCGGCUUGUUUCUCAGAUCUAUGGGGGAUAGCAAGAAACAUUUGAGUGAAUGUUGUUGAAGAUUUUCAGUAGUAUAGAAAAUGAUGGCGCUCUUGUGAUAUUUGUAAGUACAAGCAAGGAUUUGGCACAGACAUCCUAUUUCAUGGCUACCAACAGUCUGCAUCUUACAACCUUCUGUCUUCAGUACAAACCCACAGUGAUAGCAUGUGUAUGCAUUCAUUUGGCUUGCAAAUGGUCCAAUUGGGAGAUUCCUGUGUCAACUGAUGGAAAGCACUGGUGGGAGUAUGUGGAUCCUACAGUUACCCUAGAGCUGCUAGAUGAGCUAACACAUGAGUUUCUACAAAUAUUGGAGAAAACGCCUAGUAGGUUGAAGAGGAUUCGAAACUGGAGGGCAAAUCAGGCAGCGGCUAGGAAGCCAAAAGUAGAUGGACAAGUAUCAGAGACACCACUGCUUGGUUCCUCUUUGGUCCAGAAUUCCAUUUUAGUAGAUAGUGUCACUGGUGUACCUUCCAACCCAAGUUUUCAGAAACCAUCAACAUCAACGUUUCCUGCUCCAGUACCUCUAAAUUCAGGAAAUAUUUCUGUUCAGGACAGCCAUGCAUCUGAUAACUUGCCAGUGCUAGCAACAGGAAUGCCCAGUACCUCAUACAGUCUGUCAUCACACCAAGAAUGGCCUCAGCAUCCAGAGUCAUCCAGGACAGAGCCAGUGUAUGCACAGAAGCAGGAGGCCACUCUAUCUGGGAGCCAGUAUAUCAGCUUCCAGCAGGGACCUUCAAUGGCACUACAUUCAGGAUUACAUCACAGGCCUGACAAGGUUGCUGAUCAUUCCUCAGCUAAGCCAGAGUAUACUCACAAAGUUGGGAGCAGUAAGCACCAUGGGCCUGUUUCUGCUACUCCUGGAGUGGUUCCCCAGAAAAUGUCUUUAGAUAAAUACAGAGAAAAGCGGAAGCUGGAAACCCUUGACCUGGAUGUAAGGGAUCAUUAUAUAGCUGCCCAGGCAGAGCAGCAGCACAAACAUGGGCCGGGCCAGGCAGCUGCUGGCAGCUCUGUCACUUCCCCCAUUAAAAUGAAACUCCCCAUAACAAACGCUGACAAACCAGAGAAACACCUGGCAGAGAAAAAGGAGAAGAGUGGAUCGUUGAAGUUACGGAUUCCCAUCCCACCCACUGAUAAAGGCCCUAGUAAAGAGGAGCUAAAGAUGAAGAUCAAAGUAUCCUCCUCAGAAAGACACAGCUCUUCUGAUGAAGGCAGUGGGAAGAGCAAGCACUCAAGUCCUCACAUCAGCAGAGACCACAAGGAGAAGCACAAGGAACAUCCUGCCAACCGCCACCAUGGCAGCCACAAGCAUUCCCAUGUGCAUAGUGGGGGUGGGAAGCACUCUGCCGAAGGGAUGCCACCUACUGUGCUGAGGAGUCCCAUAGGCCUGGGUACCGACAGCAUCUCCAGUUCCAGUUCAAGGAAGAGGCUGCAUAUCAACGAUGCCUCCCACAACCACCACUCCAAAAUGAGCAAAAGUUCCAAAAGUUCAGGUAGUUCAUCUAGUUCUUCCUCCUCUGUUAAGCAGUAUGUAUCCUCUCACAGCUCUGUUUUUAACCAUCCCUUACCCCCUCCUCCCCCUGUCACAUACCAGGUGGGCUACGGACAUCUCAGCACCCUCGUGAAACUGGACAAGAAACCAGUGGAGCCCCACGGUCCUGAGGCCAAUCACGAGUACAGUACAAGCAGCCAGCAUAUGGACUACAAAGACACGUUCGACAUGCUGGACUCGCUGCUAAGUGCCCAAGGAAUGAAUAUGUAAUCAUUUGUUUAGGUCAACUUUUCCUUUCCUUUUUAAUUUAACAAUGGUUGGAAUGGAAAACUUCCUCCUGAUCCAGCAGUGGUGCCACUGCUUCCAUAUUUGUAAGUGCUGCUUUAUUCUUCAUUCUGAAAAGAAGAGAUGAUAGUAAACAAAUCUUUAUCUCCACAUAUGAUAGUGUUACCAAUACUGUAAACGCAUGGAAGGUGCAGGACUCAGUAUUUCUGCAGUUGCAGCUAAGAACAUUAGGAUGAAUGGCUGUCUGCUGCUAGGAAUCUAAGCUGCCUCAAGCAUUCGUUAUUUAUGAUUUGAAUACUGUAGCUAUUUUUUGUUGUUGCUUGGCUUUGAAUGAGUGUCAGUUGUUUUCUUUUGUGUAUUUAUACUGUAUGUAUGAUUUGCAUGUCUCAGAUAAAGGGAUAAAACAGUAUACUGACAACUGUUUACAAGAAAGUGGAGAAAAAUGUACAUACAUUUUUGUAUGUUUAGAUAUUACCAUAAAUACUCAGGAUUGGAGCUGCUUGUAAGUAUAACAAUAUACAGAAUAACUUUAUUUUCUCUUGUCAGAGUCCAUCACUAAUCUAAAACACAGGUGGCACUUUUUUUAUGUUAACCUUAAACUCUAGGCCUUACUGGAAGCCGCUGAGGGGACACUUCACUACUAGAUGGGUAUGCGGUGCCACAGGUGGUCCUUGACACUGGGAAGCACUCAGUUUGCCUUCAGAAGUUCUGACCAGAUUGGCUGCAGAAACAGUCCUCGAUUUUCUGAAGGCGUGAAGAGGAAAAAAAUAAUAAAGUUUACAUACUCUUGAUGUGAAGUGCAUUUAAAUGUUUGUUGGCUUAUUGCAGUGUUGUGGAGGCGCAGUUAAUAAUGGGUAUGAGGAUGGCUGUGACUUGAAAUUCACAGGAACUCCCAUAGUGAAGAAUUAGUGGAUGUCUUUCCUUAGAGAACUUUGACACUACAUAUUUUAACAGUGAACAGGGAUCACCUUUCCUUUAGCAUUCAAAGUGACACCGUAUUCUUGAAUAUACUCCUCGCCUGAAGAAAGAGAGGAAAAAGUGAGUGAGUGAGCGAGUGACUGAGUGAGUGCAAUGUCAUGUUUCUUUUUCAGGUAAAUGCAGUCUUCCUUAUAAAAUGAAUUUAAA